GUAAAUGCUAAUAUUAAACUGUAUUUGUGUUCAUUUGGGGUUCACGCGCAGGGUUAACUGUCUUCUCUAGAUGAUGUUUUGAUUUGUAGAAACCGCCAUGUUAGCAAAAAAGGACAUGCGUUUAGUAUUUACCUGACUUCACCCACUGGUAGGGGAAUUAAUGACUGACGUGGGGUAUCCCUCUGUGCCUGAAAAUGGCUCCACAGUCACGUUCUAUCAAAUCCACGACAGCUUCCAGGAAACGUCAGCCUAUCGUUGUGUUUACUCUGCGCUGCUUCCGAUCUCAGCUGUCAAGUGCCGCAACCUGCUCCCACUGCUCCCACUGCUCCCAGUGGCCUUUAAAUGACACCAUCUGCUCUGAGCUGGUGGGAUCUGAGUACCUUUACCUUCAACUUUUCCAGAGUUAACUCAUUCUCAAGUGUUAUCAGACCGCGUAAACCAGAGCUCGUUAGAUACCUGGAGUGUUUAAGAUGCAUUUGCAGUUGUGAGUCGACCCACCAUCAACACCCCCAGAGGGAGGGGUGUGUCUGCAAAAACCCACCUGAACCUCUGAGAGCCUCCACUGGGACCAUCUGUAUGUCCUUGUUCUAAGAAUCCAGUUGAAGAUCUAACUAAACACUGUCAUCUUGCACCAUGGAGGGAGUAGCAGUGGACAACCUGAUAGACUUUGACGUACCCUCUGAGACUGCAGCGCUCAGCGUGGACGGAGGCCAACACCAAGGACACUCAGACAUUUUUUCCCCUGGGGUCCACCAUGAGCCGUUACUGCCCGAACCCAUGGCCCCAACCAAGCCCAGCUCCCACCACCACCACCACCACCAUCACCACGGCCAAGAAGAGGGCGACAGCGACGCUACAGAAUCAGCGGACAGCGAGAACGACAUGGACCCGCCCUCUCACAUGUGGGAUCUGAGGCGGUCUUCGUCCUCGUCCGCUCACAGUGGGGAGGACGCUGACGCCGAGACCGUGGAGAGGAGGCAGUUCAUGAAGGCUUACGUGGAGAAGAUCUUUCAUGGAAAGGAGGACUUCGACCAGGAGGAGAAGGCUCGGUUCGGAGAGUUGUGCAGUGGAGAAAAUGGCAAAGGCAGGGAGUGGUUCGCCAAAUACGUCAGUGCACAGCGCUGUAACUCUAAAUGUGUGAGUGAGCCCACCUUCUACAGACUGGUGCAGUCGUUUGCCGUUGUACUUUUUGAAUGUUACCAGAUGGAUGACUACACCCCCGCCAAAAACCUCAUGACCAUGUGCUUCACAUAUUAUUACAUCGGGAAGUCCCAGCCGUCCCCCUCAGAGCUUCUGGACCGUGGAGGACCUCCAGUUGGUCUGGACUCGUAUCUGAACAAGGCCAACUCAUGGCUCACUGGGAAAAAGGACGCAGCUGAGCGUCUCCUUAAAAACACGUCUAAAUCUGACGUCAAAGGAUUCUUCGGAGGUCUGGAGAGCAAACUGAGGAGCUCGAUGGGUCCCAAGGCUGAGGAUGGAGAAAAUCCAGCUGAGACAAAGCCCAGAUCACCAGUAUCUGAGGCUCCAGAGGAAAAGAAAGCAGAGAAGGUGUAUCUGUACACACACCUGAAGCAGCAGCCCAUCUGGCACACACUGAGGUUUUGGAACGCAGCGUUUUUUGAUGCCGUCCAUUGUGAGAGAAAGAAGAGAUCGCCAACAACCAGUGGAACGCAGGAUGAAGAGAAAGACGAGAGAGAGAAGUGGGGUCAUAUGACCCAGGAGGAGAGAGACGACAGCUCCAAAAUCGAUGAGAACAUCGCCUUUGGCCAACUGGGGACCUUCACUCAUAACAUGCUGGCCUUUGGGCUGAGCAAGAAGCUCUGCAAUGAUUUCCUGAAGAAGCAGGCGGUCAUUGGGAACCUGAACGAAGAGCAGUACAAGUUGCUGACUGAACACAUAGAGAAAAUGGCCGCAGAGUGAUUUUGACGACGCCAGGCUGCAUUUGAUGAUGUGUAAAGACAGGCUGACGGCACACGAACACACACACACACAAACACACACAGCAGUAUAUCAUCAGCUCAGAGUCGCAGUGAACAAACUCUCAGUUCAGUCUGACUGUCGUUGCAUUUGUGUGGUGCAGUUUGCAGGAAAAACAACCUAUAUUACUGUAGUGAACCGUGCCAUAGUUGUAGCAAACCCUGUUUUAUCCAGUGUGAUCGUGCUCCUGUGCGCCCCCCAGUGUCCUGUAUCAGCAAUAAAACAUCAUCCUCCAUAUGUGUAUCGUAGAUCUUUAAUAUCUGUAUCUGUGAAGCCAUCCAGUAUAAAACAGCCUCAGAGUCACACACUCUGGAUGAAUACAUUAUGUGUACAUUAUAUAUCCUGUAUGCUGUUUUAAUCGGUGUUUCCAUGGUAACCAUAUCUAUUAGAUGUUAGCGUGGCACCUCUAGCGUCUGUUAAAACACUGCAUUACCCAGAAGGCCUGGGUCUUAUAACCACACAGCAAUAACUCAUAAAGUUGGUCUAAAUCUGCUCUUUUGGUGGUUUUUGAAAGGGCCAGUUUCCUGCCAAACCUUAAGAAAUAUGUUUUACAAACGUCCUGUGAUUCAAUAACAAUGUAAGUUUGCUUUUCAGUCCAAAAUAUCACAUUUGAAACAUCAUUAGAGGAUGUGAUUUGUUGGAAAAUUUUAAUGUGACCCAAAUAUACAUCAAGCUUAACUUUUUAAAGAUAAUUUUAGAUACUUAAAUUCCUGUUCAUUACUUUAUUUUAUUUGCUGAUACUUGUUCUGUUAAAUGGCCUCACAGCGCCACCUGUUGACAUGGAGGGUCAAUUACUCAGGACAUCGGUGUGAAGAUCAAGCCAAAGGUGUAAGACAUACUGUAGUUGUUUCACACACGAAUUAUUCACCUGUUUACUGUGGCUGUUAAUAGACGAUUUGUUCCUUAGGUUUUGGCAGGAAAUGAUCUCUGUAGAGUUUGGUCCGUUUUCAGUCACAGAGAAGUCAGUUCAAUUGAAUACUGAAUAUUUCCACAUGCUUGGGUUUGCUUUGUGUUACAUGUUUUAUAUCCCUCUUGGCUGUAAAAACACAAAGCAAUAGUGCAGCUCUGACAUAUUUAUCCUGUUCUAAAUCCUCAGACAUUCGCUGACUCGUCAAAUAGAACGAACACAGUAUCUCUCUGAAUCCUUUUGCCUUCUGUUCAGUCUUCCUUCUGUUACUGCCUACUUCAGUCCAAACUCUGGCACACUUUACAAUCUGAUAUUACUUCUCUAUUUUUUAAUUAGAUGCUUCUUUUUUUAUCCAAAGUGCCUUCUGUGGAUGUGAACGUCCUUGUUGCUACUCCACUCUCCUGCCAGCAUCACUCUAACUGAUUUGUUAAACGAUUUCUGCACUUGACUAAAACUGAGAGUGUAUUGCUAUUUGCGUUUUCAGUAUUACUUCAAUAAUAAUGCUUUUAUUAUCUGUCACCGUAACUGUGUGAUAGAUUUAAUACUGUUGCGUCUUGUCCCACCAACUCCAGCAUGUGUUCACAUCAAGCAGCUG